AUGGUGAAUUUGGGCAUACUUCGCCAGAUGGAAGGAAAACUAGACCAAGCUCGAUCACUCUAUCACUCGGCUAUAACGAAGUCGCCACAGCUGUUUGAACCCCACUUCAACCUAGCCUUACUGAAUGUCCAGACUGGCCGCUACGAUGAGGCGUUCCGUAUGAUAAAAGUUGCAUUGUCGCUCUUCCCGAAUCACACUCACUCAGUUCAGCUCUACAACACCCUCCAGCAACUUUACACGAUCAAUUGA